ACUCCCUGCGGCGGGAAGGGCGGGGCGCGGCGGGCCAGGGAGGGGCGUGGCCACCGUGGCCCCGCCCCGGCCCCGCCCCGGCCGACCUGAGCCCGCCCCGCGCGCGGGUUCCUGGAGAGGCGCUGGCGGCGCGACCGGACGAGGACGCGGCGGGUCCCCGAGCCCGGAGUCUCGGCGCCCGGCGCGGUCCAGGCCGCGGGAAGCUCGGUGGCUGGACGGAGGCGCCCGCGGAGCGCCGGUGUUUCUUUGCCACUCAUGGGUGUGAGCAAGUUAGAUGUUCUGUACCGGAAACUUCUCCUCACAAAGCUUUUUAUCAGAGGAUGGGGAAGGCCGGAGGAUCUCAAAAGGCUCUUUGAAUUCAGAAAGAAGAUUGGAAAUCGGGAAAGCGGCAAAAACCUGGUUUCCAGAGACUACCCAGUGUAUAUCGAUAAGGUUGAGGAGCGCUCAGACUGCCGGAUCCUGGACGGGCACUUCGUCUCGCCCAUGGCCCACUACGUGCCCGACAUCCUGCCCGCGGAGUCCGUGAUCGCCAGGUUCCAGUUCAUCGUGCCCAAGGAGUGGACCAGCCAGCACCGGCCCGUGUGCAUCCACCUGGCGGGCACAGGAGACCACCACUACUGGCGACGGCGGACCCUGAUGGCGCGGCCCAUGAUCCGGGAAGCCGGGAUGGCGUCGCUGCUGCUCGAGAACCCCUACUACGGCUGCAGGAAGCCCAGGGACCAGAUAAGGUCCAGCCUGAGGAACGUGUCGGACCUGUUCGUGAUGGGCGGCGCCCUGAUCCUGGAGUCGGCGGCCCUGCUGCACUGGCUGGAGAGGGAGGGCUACGGGCCACUGGGCAUGACCGGCAUCUCCAUGGGCGGACACAUGGCGUCCUUGGCCGUGUCCAACUGGCCGAAGCCCGUGCCGCUAGUGCCCUGCCUGUCCUGGUCCACGGCGUCGGCCGUCUUCACCACGGGUGUCCUCAGCAAGGCCGUGAACUGGCGGGAGCUGGAGAAGCAGUACUACACGCAGGCCGUGUACGAGGAGGAGAUCGCCCAGCUGCUGGAGUACUGCGGGGCCGACUCGUUCAGAGUGGGGCGCGUGAAGCCCACCCCUGACGGCACAGGCAGGUCCCUGGACCCGGAUCUGGCUCCUCGGACUCUGCGUCUGGACGUGUCGGACCCAAAGCCUGCCGAGCGCCCCGUCACAGCCGCCCCCGAGGGCAUCCUGCGGCAGGAGGGCACCAGGAACGAGCCGCUCGCCCAGACCCUCCCAACCAAGCCCCGGCCGGAGCCCCUCCCGCCCCGCAGCGAAGAGCGGAGGCCGCGCCGCGUCCAGAAGGAGCCUCUGACCUUCAUGAAGGGCGUCAUGGACGAGUGCACACACGUGGCCAACUUCUCAGUGCCCGUGGACCCCAGCCUCAUCAUAGCGGUCCAGGCCAAAGAGGACGCGUACAUCCCGCGGACGGGCGUGCGGAGCCUGCAGGAGAUCUGGCCGGGCUGCGAGGUCCGCUACCUGGAGGGCGGCCACAUCAGCGCCUACCUCUUCAAGCAGGGGCUCUUCAGAAGGGCCAUCUACGACGCCUUUGACCGCUUCCUGCAGAAGUAUGCCAAGUGACGCCACACCGAGGCCCCGAGCUCAUGCUACGUGGCGCCCCGUCGCCAACCCUGAGUCCAGGGACCGUGUUCUGGAACAGUCCGCUGUGGCCUCAGCGCAUUGGAGCAGCGAUCAGCCAGUACUUGGAUGAAAUAUGUGUGUUACUGUUCGUGGGAAUCACGUACGUUCCCAGGAUCGAUAUUUUCUCAGUAUCCAAUCUGCCGUCACUGUUUCUGAAAACUUUACAUUUUAAAUUAUGAGUGAUUUGCUAACUUAAAGUAAAUUUAUUCAUAGAAACCCUGUUGGCUUCUAACAGGACUAAGGAAGGAGGCAGUUGGUCACACAUCAGCACCUAUUAUAGGUCCUUAGAUUUCUGUUGGGGCAACAGUGGAAGCAGAUUUAUCUCGUUUUUUGAUUCUAGGGUAAAUUUAAACUGUUGUUGUUGUUCUGUUGUUGUUUCUUUGCUUUCUUAAUUCCCGCCUUUUGUGAGGGAAGCGAGGGCCUACCCUGCAGUGCUCAGGGCUCACUCCUGGCCGUCCUGGGGGGCCAAAAGUGGUGCCAGGGAUCAGUUGUGUUUUUAUUUUUACUUUAUUGUUUCUUUUAACAUUUUUUGAAAUGAAAUAUUAUUUUCAUAUCCAAUUUUCUGCCACGAAAAUACAAUGUGAAAUCAGUGUUAACUUUAAACUCCAAAAAUCCUGAUAGCUUUCUAAGUAGGUGUUUUUUCAGUAAGACAAAAAAUUAAAAUGAGUGUGGGAAUGCAGAUUAGAUUUUUAAGACUUGACUGUACUUUACAACUUUACCAAUUGUUAGUCAGAAAAAACUGCCAGACCAUUUCCCCCACUUACAACUGUCAGUUCUAAAAACCAGAACAGGCAGUGGUGGCAUCGCAGGUAGGGCGUUUGCCUUGCACGCGGCUCACCCAGGCUCGAUCCCCGGAACCCGUAUGGCCCUUCCAGCAUCACAGGAGCGACCCCGAGUGCAGAGCCAGGAGGAAGCCCUGAGCACCGCCGGGUGUGGUCCCCAGGAAAAGCAUCAGAGCUGGGGACAGUACGUUGUGCCCUGGGCGAGACGCUGUGUCCCCGUGUCAGUCUGGGCCGAGGCCGGGCCUCCUCCGGGCCUGCGCUGUCCUGAAAUGUCUGUUUGACAGAGAAAGUUCAGGAAGUUUAGAGCUUGACGUGUAACAUGGAGGCCCACGUGUCUGGGCUGGAGCUCUCGAGGUUCUCGCACUGAGGGUCAAGUGUUUUCCUUCCUGGCCAGUAGAGCCUAGUCCGGUGGUGUGGAGAGGCAAGAGUGCCGCUGCCCGGCGUCGUCUCCCCGCCUGGCGGGGUGUCCCCUGGCGAUGGGCCCGGCAGCCGCUUCCCAGCAGGCCGGUGCCCAGGGUGUGGUGUGCGGCCGUGCGGGCGGGCCAGCCCGUGGGAAGGCCAGGGUGGGAUUCACCAUCCGGGUCCCCGAUCCCCGACACCCCGGUGGCCCCCAGCCCCUAAGAGUGACCCCUGAGCCAGGAGUAAGCCCCGAGCACUCCCGGGGUAUGCGCCCCGCCCCCGCCAAAAUGUCACUGACCCCCAGAGUGGGGGGAGACUCCUGGAGCGCGCCCCUCGGGGUGCAGGUGCCAAAUGCCUUUCCUUGCCCUCCUGCUUCCCCCAGAGGCGGCGUCAGCGGCGCGUUUGUGUGCACGUGUGCUUGUGUGCACAUUCAUGUGCGUGUGUGCGUGUUCGUGUGUGUACGCGUGUGUGCGUGCAUGUGGGCACUGGUGUGCGUGCUGCGCGGUGGUGGCGUGGGGCCAGCCGUGGCUGAGGGCUCCCACUCCCCUCGGACCCGUGGCCCCUCUGGGUCAGGCUCGCAGAGCAGCUGGCAUUGCUCUCGAGUCAUUCCCGAGCGUCUUACGAAUGUGGCCUUCCCACGCGGUGCUUUCCCGGAGCAGGUGGAUGCUGGCACUGUCACUGAAGUUUUCUAAAUUGUUUCUGGAUGUUUUCUAUGUCACAAUAAAAGCCUUUAAACACUCA